AUGACCCCAAAGAAACACGUCGUCUUCGACGUCGUCGGCACCUGUGUCUCCUUCGACGCCUUCUACAACUGCAUCGACCGCGUCAUCGGCGACAAGCUGCGCGCGCAAUGCAUCACGCCCCGUUUCUUCGGCUUCAGCUGGAUGACCGCCGCCGAGCUUGAAUUUACCUUUUUGUCGAUUUCGGAACGGUAUAAACCGUAUAAAGAGGUUAUUACGGCGCUGUUCUAUCGGACGUUACACAUGGCGGGAAUCGAGGACCCGAGGUUGUUUGCGACGGAGGCUGAGAGGGAUCAGUGUGUCCAGGGAUAUUCGGAGCUGGAGCUGAGACCCGGGACCCGGGAGUGCUUUGCGAAGUUACGAGAGGCGGGUUUCACGGUUUGGUGUCUUACGACUGGGGAUACGAAGCGUGUGAGGGGGUAUUUUGAGCGGGCUGGGGUGGAUAUGCCGUUGGAGAACUUUAUUAGUUGUGAUUCGCAGGGAGUGGCUAAGCCGACACUUGCGGCGUAUAGGCCUGCGAUGGGGAAAUUUGCAGAGGAGGAUGUGAAGUGGUUUGCGGCGGCGCAUAUGUGGGAUGUUUCGGCGGCGGUUAAGGUCGGGUUCAGAGGAGCUUAUUGUACGCUGUAUGAGAAGGAGUCGUGUGCGGAGAUCUUUGAUACCCAGUUGGAGGUGUUGGAGGAUUCUUUGCCUGAGAUGGCGGACAAGAUUAUUGCCGUUUCGGGGUAG